UCCAUUUAGAUUUUUCAGUACUCUUAGUCUAGAUUUGUUUCCAUCUAUCUGCAGUACGCGCUGACUGUUUUUGUGUCUUUCCUUCGAUCUGUAGAUUGUAAAAAGAUAGUAAAAGUAAUGGGUACCGGUUCUAUACUCCCUGAGUGGUUUACAAAAGAAUAUAUCGAGAAUGUGUUACAAAAUCAUUAUAAAACUGAAGAGUUGGCGGUGAAGGAGAUGUCUGCUCAGCCAGCGACGAAAAGAGGUGAUAACUAUGCCAGCAUUAUGCAUAGGGUUUCUGUAGAGUUCGUGAAAAAUGGGAAAACUGUUAAGGAUUCGUUUAUUCUGAAGGUAAUUCCUGGUGGUGUGGCUGGCGAAAUCCUAACCAAAAACAAAGUAUUCCCCCGAGAAAUGCAAGUCUACAAUGAAAUCCUCCCGCGUAUCACUGCUCUCUUAGAAGAUGUAAAUGACUUCACAAAAUUCUCUCCGGAUUGCUAUCAAACCAGCACUAGCCCAGCUAUGAUGCUCCUUUUUGAAGAUCUAAAAUCUCACGACUAUGAAAUUUUCGAUCAUGGACGUCUAUUAAAUUUGGAUCAUUCUCUUCCGAUACUAAUGAAAUUGGCAAAGUUCCAUGCAGCAUCAGCAGUAAUAUACGAGCAGCAUCCCGAAUUUAUGGAUAUGUUCAUGGAAGGACAGAUUUCGACGAAUCCAGAUAGGCAGGACUUUCUUGGUUUCUUCCCGGCGAAUAUGCACUCUUUGGCGGAGGAAGUUGCUCAAUGGCCUGGCUAUGAAAUUAUUGCUGGAAAGCUGUAUGGACUUGUGGAGACAGUUAUACCUAAGGGAAUUGAACUGUUCAAAGAUGAUGAAGAUACUUUUCGAGUCCUGAAUCAAGGUGAUCUGUGGGUUAAGAAUUGCAUGUAUAAGUAUCGGAAUUUUGAGCCAGAUGAUGUUUUAUUGUUGGAUUAUCAACUCGCCCAUUUCGGAUCACCGGCGGUCGAUCUUAACUACUUCCUUUUCGGAUCAGUAAAUGAAAAUGUUCGUAAAGUCCAUUUUAAGUUUAUGGUACGUCACUAUCACUGCGUUUUGAAAGAAACUCUUGAAAGGUUGAAAUACAAAGGUCGCAUCCCCACACUCAAAGACAUUCAUAUCGAACUUAUCAGAAAAAGUCUAAUUGCUGUUAUCGCUGCAGUGUGUCUGGCACCAAUCAUCUUUAUGGACUUAGAUAGAUGCCCAGAAUUGGAAGGACUCAUAGAUCAAACCGAUAAUGGCGUUAGUUUUCGCAGAGAGAAUAUCCAAAAUCCAAAAUAUAAAACUUAUAUUCAAAAGUUAUUGAAAGAGUUUGAAUUGUCUGGAUUUUUAGAUUAUUCGUCCGAAUCUUUGAAGAACAUUUCAAUGUCUGCACUAUCAUUGGGAUCGAGUAAUACAGCUGAUAAUGUUCCAAUCAUUGUAUUAAGGCCUGAAAUCAUAAAAGGAUACGUUAAUAUCGAACUCCAGUGCAAAGAUGAGGUCAACUUAUGUCCGAACACUUACUUGCUAGACGACAUAAGAGUAAAAAUGCCUGCCAAAGAGAAUUAUAAUAGAGACAUUAAUGCAGAGAAUGCUUCUGAGGAUGUAUCUCAUGUAAUUAAUAAGGACCUUUUCGUUGAUAUAUUAGAAAAACAAUUUGGAAAAUCUACUAUAAAGAAUUUUAACUCUGUUAAGAGUUCAGGCGUUGGUGAGAAUUUUAUGUCCUGGAUGUAUCCUGUUAGCAUUGAUAUUGAAAAGGAAGAUGGAACACUAACAACAGCUAGAUACAUUGUAAAAAUGAUGCCACCCAACGAUCCUAAUGGCGAAUUCAAAAAAAAUCUUCGAGCCUAUGCAAAGGAGGUUGAAAUGUAUAGUAAGGUCAUUCCGAAAUUUCAAGAAAUUUUCCAUGAAAGGAACGUGGAAAUCAAUUUCGCUCCUAAAUGCUGGAAAGUUGUAGAAGAAAAUGAAAUUCUGAUCAUAGAGGACUUGAAAGCCCGAAAAUUUGCUAAUAUAAAUCGAAGACAAGGAAUGGAUAUGGAACAUGCAGAAUUGGUCCUGAAAAGAAUAGCACAAUUUCACGCAGCAUCGGCUUGUAUUUAUGAAAGGGAUGGUAAAUAUUCAGACCAGUUAAUGAAUGAUAUGUAUCGUAAGAUAAAGGAAGGGGGAUUUCGAACACUUCAACCAAUCAUUUGGGACAAUAUAUGUAAUCACCUCCGACAAUGGAAUAGUUGUCAGGAGUACGUUGGGUUGAUGGAAGGUUUGAAAGAUCGAAUUGCAGACGUAUAUGUUGAAUUAUUUAAAAAAGAUCUCAGUGAAUUCAAUGUUCUUUUACACGGUGACCUUUGGGCUAACAAUAUCAUGUUUCAACACGAUGAGAAUGGCAAACCGAAUGAUGUCCUAUUCGUGGACCUUCAGAUUUCUCGCUAUGGCAGUCCUGUUCAAGAUCUGAUAUAUUUUAUAGUUUCAUCAACUGAAAUGUCAAUUAAAAUCAAGGAAUUUGAUCACUUUAUCAAAUUUUAUCAUACAGAAUUGGUGAAAAAUUUAAAACUUUUAAAAUACCCAAAAGCAAUACCGAGACUGAUCGAUUUACAUAUGGCUGUGUUAAAAAGAUGCUUUUUUGGGAUUACCACAUCUUUUGGAGUUAUGGCAAUAGCACUUCUCGAACCCAAUGAGAAUGCUGAUAUUUCCAAUUUCAUCGGGGACUCUAAAGACGGCAAAAAAUUCAAAGAGGCUCUUUAUAUGAACUCAAAACUGAUAAAGGCUUGUGAACUGACGUUACCAUUUUUCUAUAAUAAAGGUGCCUUCGAUGUUUAAUAUUAGUGGA